AUGGCAGAUGGCGAAUUGACAGGCCCAAUCCCAGAACCUCUAGGAAGAUUAAGAUUCUUAGAGGUAUCACAUCUGUCGAGUAACAAUGGAUUGAUAGGUCCAAUCCCUGACUCUAUUGGAAGAUUAAGAUUCUUAGAGGUAUUAGAUAUAUCUUAUAACGAGUUAACCGGUCCCAUUCCAACAUUCAUUGGGCAGAAACUUUCCAAACUUGACCUUUCUUUCAACCAAUUGAAUGGUUUGAUCCCACAAUCCUUUGGAAAAUUAGCAUCUUUAACAUAUUUGGACUUACAAUCCAAUCGAUUAACAGUUUCCAUUCCACUGCUGAUUGGGAAACUUUACAAACUUGACCUUUCUGUUAAUCGAUUGAAUAGCUCAAUUCCAGAAUCUCUAGGAAGACUUGUUUCAUUACAAGAAAUUUCUUUGAACUCGAAUUUGUUGAGUGGACCUAUUCCGGUUUCACUUGGAAAACUAGACAGACUUCAAUAUUUAGACGUGUCUAACAAUUCUUUAGAAGGAGUAGUUUCUGAAGCCCAUUUUGCUAAGCUUUCGACGUUGAUGGGUUUGAUUACUUCUUUUAACACUAGGUUAACAUUCAACCUUUCACGUGAGUGGAUACCUCCUUUCCAAUUGGAGACUCUUGAUCUCCGUUCUUGCACUAUUGCAAAUGAAUUUCCAUAG